AUGAAUAUUGAUUUUCCAGCUAUAAUUAAAAAACUUUUAAAAGAAAAUUCAUUACCUCUUUUUCAGAAAACCAAUAACAUUUCGGAAGCUGCUCAUAGGCGUCUACAGGCACAGCUCGGUAUGACAAAUCCCACAUUAUGGAGGUUCAUAAAUGAGCUGAAAAAAGUGCAGGCAGAGCGUGACAUAUAUUAUGAAUUUUUAGUGGCAGGCAACGAACCACCGCGGACCACCACUAAGCGAAAAUACGUUGAUGCUAGUAACCGUAUUUUAACAUUAGUCCAAGAUUAUAGAAACCAAAACAUUAUAGAGUACCUCAGAGGAUUGGCAUACAACUUUGUGAUGGACGAAUAA